UCUUUCCCGGAAGCCCAUCUCCCCAUCUUUGUUUUGUAGCUCCUUCAAAAAGCACCAUUCCACCUCACAUAUGGCAGUUGAUUUUGGCUACCUGACAUCAUAGCCCAGCUUCCUCUUUCCUUCUACCUCUCUUCCAAGACCAAACCCUUAAAUAACUUUCCUCCUCUCCUCUCCUCUUCCAUCACUAACUCAGAGCCAAGCUUUCUUCUUCAACUCCCCUCCAAAAUUUCUCUUACCAAAACAGAAAAGAAAAGCCCAUGGAGAAGAAGCCUGCAAGCAGUCUUCUUUCUUCAGAACUCAUAGCUAUUCUCAUCUUACAGUUCUUCGUUUCUUGUUUUGUUAGAUUACUUAAGAUAUCUUCAAGUUUUCUUUCCCUUCCUUACCGUUCAAGAAUUCACAUCGAGCAAGCAGAACCAAAGCGCCAUCUAAAGGAAGCAAUAAGAACAGAGCAGGAAAUACUUGUAUGUAGAGAAGAUGCAGAGUUGGUCAUGAAGAAGAUGGGGCUGAUCGGAGAAGAUGAGAAGCUCAAGGAGUUCGUGGUGUCGGAGGAAGUUGUUUCCAUGUUCGAAGAGAAGGAGCCAAGUUUAGAGGAAGUAAGGGAGGCUUUUGCUGUGUUUGAUGAGAACGGUGAUGGGUUUGUGGAAGCAGGGGAGUUGCAGAGAGUUCUCUGCAAGUUUGGGUUUGUGAGAGAAGUUGGAUUGGAUUUGUGUAAAGUGAUGAUUUUGCUACAUGAUGAGGAUGGUGAUGGGAGAAUAGACUUUAGCGAGUUUGUCAAGUUGAUGGAGAGCAGCUUCAGCUGAAUAGUUGGUUGAUGAUGCUUCUCUCGUUUUAAGUUUUUUUUUUCUUUUUUCAGGUAAAUUGAUGUAUGAAUGCUCUCCGUAAGAUUAGUAAAUAAAUUUAAAAUAUCGCACAGAGGAAAAAAGAAGGAAACUUGUAUUUUACUUCUAUGCUCUGUGCUCACAAUUCAAACAGGAGUUUUUUUGACUGAUUUUGUGAAAGUUUAAAGAGAUAUAUUUGGUAGAAGGAUUUCACGCAGAUGCA